AUGGCGACACACCGGUUCGACCCCAACUUCACCGACAAUGUCAUCAACUCGAUGGGUCCCAAGACCUCGCCGCGUCUGCGCCAGCUCAUGACCGGCCUCAUUAAGCAUGUGCACGACUUUGCGCGCGAGAAUGAACUCACCGUGGAUGAGUGGAUGGCCGGGGUGAAGCUGCUGAAUUGGGCGGGACAGAUGAGCGACGACAAGCGGAAUGAGGGGCAGCUGGUCUGCGACGUGAUCGGGCUGGAGUCUCUUGUCGAUGAGAUCACCUUCACCCUCGCCGAUGAAGCCAAAGAUGCGCCCACGGCGACCGCCAUUCUGGGCCCAUUCUUCCGCGCCGAUACCCCGUACCGCGAGAACGGCGCUGAUAUCGUGGUCACCAAGCCCAAGGACGGUGAGAUGGCCUUCAUGCACGGCCGGGUGAUGGAUUUCGAGACGAAGACGCCGCUCGUCGGCGCGACGGUCGAGGUAUGGCAGGCCUCGACGAACGGUCUGUACGAGCAGCAGGACGAGAACCAGGUGGAGUUCAACCUGCGCGGCAAGUUCAAGACUGAUGCCGACGGUCGGUAUUACUUCUACUGCUUGCGGCCGACACCUUACCCGGUCCCCGACGAUGGCCCCGCCGGCAGGAUGCUUCAGCUGAUGGACCGCCACCCCUUCCGCCCUGCUCACAUUCACAUCAUUGCUACUCAUGAUGGCUACCGCCCUCUGACAACCCAGAUCUUUGACCGCAAAGACAAGUACCUGGACAACGACUCUGUAUUCGCUGUCAAGGACUCACUGGUCGUGGACUUUGUCGAGCGCAAGGAUGACCCUCAAGCUGGUCUAGAGCUCAACUAUGAUGUCAAGCUCGUGGCUGACGCGAAAUAA